AGCUGGAGGAGAGAGGAGGGACCAAAAGCGUCAGACUGUGGGGACUGAGACCUGAAGGAGGCCCUGUGGCCUCAGGCAUGCCUGGAACUCUGCCUUUUUGAAGCCCGUUGACGAUCUCAUCCUAAUUUAACCUUCUGUGGAAUUCUUCCAUGAGAUGCGGUUGCCAACCUCAGGCUUCCUAAAGAAGAUAGCCAGUCCACCCCUUGUGAAGUGUACCCGCAGAGUGGGCAAGUGGGCCCUGGAGAGAACUGGGACAAUACAGGAGGCAGAAAUCCUCACUCUUGAGAAACACACUCAGCACCUGCCUCACCCCGCUCCUGCCCCUGCCCAAAUACCAGCUUCAGCCCAAACUAAAAUGAUGUUCUAACUUAUGCCCGUUCUUUGUUGUGCAUAAAAUGCCAAUCUGCUGUUUUAUCUUCAUGAACAAUGGAAACUGUACUUCUUUGCAGAAAAAUCACAAAAAGAUAACACGAAUCAGAUUCAAAUGAAUAAAAAUUAUUAGUAAGCCCGAGUUUGACUUAGAAAAAGAAAGUAGAAUGAGAUGGGGUAGAGGGAGGUGAGAAGGAAGGGAGAGGGUCUUUUUCUUUUUCUUUUUUUCUUAAUUAGUUGAGAGGGUCAUCUUGUCGGCCUUAAAAUGUAUCUUUAGGGAAACCAUCAUUUAGGUUACUGGUAGUUUCUUUCUUCAUCCUAAUUUUCAUUAAAUUGUGACUUUGAAAUGAUGCAGUGAGUUUGGGAAAAGAGAACACGCACACAUCCCUCUCCGCAGGGGGAUUCUUCUCACAGCAGACUGCUCCAGGAUCUGACUCUGAAGGCACACUUGAGCUGAACUAUUCUGACUGACCUUGGCAGUGGUGAAGGCCUAGGAGGAAGUGCAGUGCCAUGGGAUGGGCAGCUGCCACCGUGAAGAACAUGCUGGCUGCAUCUCUUUCCUCCUCCCAGAUGAUGAGAGGAGACUUUGAGCAGUGAUUAAUGUAUCCUCUCCUUUUAAAAAAUGUGUAUUUUGCUUAUUUUCCAUAGAGGUUUAAGGUUGGUGCCCAUUCAUCUUAACAGGAUAUAUAGAAAACACAUAAUAUUAAAAAACUAAUAUAAUGUAAUAUUUAGGUUUUCCUAAAUUAUCCCAUUUAUAGCAUAAGCCGAUCCCAUGAACUAAAUUUGCCUGUACUGUGAUUUAGAUUCUCUAAUUUAUAUUGAAACUGGAGGAUUUCUUUUUAUUUUUAAAGUCUAUUAAGAUUAAAUAUAUAAAUCUUUCUAGAAAGACAUAAUUGGUGGUUUCUAUUAUCUUGGUCUUAGAGCUGUGACAAUCUCAGAGCUGUGACAAAGUCACUGGAUUUUAAGAAUUCAGAAAGAUAAAUAAAACUUAUAGCCUUGAAAUGGGGAAAAGGAAAGAUCCUGGAGGUAGUCUUCUAUUUUUAAGGUAGUCAUUUUCUUCUUAAAGAUAAAAAAAUAUAUAUUUCAUUUAUUAAGAAAAAACCUAGUCUGUAUUUUUAAAUUAAUGCAAAACCCAGGAGAACGUUACUAAUCAUUGUGGUGCUACUAAGUACAACUCUACUUUUGGUCUGUUGGGAAUAUGCCUUCUUUUUUCUUCCUCAUCACUAAUCACCUUUUUUAAUUGUAAGAGGGCUUUUAUUAAAAUAUUUGAAUCAUUUAUUUAUUUUGGAGCACCUAACUUUAGAAGAUGUUUAAUGAUUUUUAUAGCAUAAAAUACAGACUUUUUAAAUUUUAGGAAACAAAUCAUAAAUUGAAUCUCUACUGGGAGAAUUUGGACAAAGAUACGACAGUCUAUAGAAGGAAAUAUAUUUAAUUUUAUAUACUUUUUAAAUUACGGGGUAUAUGGUUUUGGAGUUUUAACUAGUAGUAACCUUAUCUGUUUAGAAAUGACUUAAAAAAAUAGGAAAAAAUAUUCCCCCAAGCAGAGCGGAUGCUUUCUAGAUAUUUAACUUCGAUGGUCUGAAAUUAGAUAGUGAAGCAGGAUAUAAUCAGAAUAACUUUUUUCUUGAUGUAUAAAUAUUUCUGUCUUUUUAACAUUUCAGUCAGCUGUGAAGAAAUUCCAGAAAUGAGAUAUCGACUAGACUAAACUAGCUAUGUAAAAAGAAUUCUGAGGGUUGUAAGCUGUUCCGAUUUUCUAUGAUAUUAAGAUUUUUUUUCCCAAAAAAUAAUUUUGGAGAGGGAAUGUUAAAUUUAUUAAUUUUUCAUAAUUUUCUGUAUUGCUGUGGUUUCUCCAAGGUCUUGUUUUUUAAUUUUAAAAACAUUUUUUAAAGAAGGUAUCUAAGAGUGAAUUUAUUUUUGUGAUCAUUUUUGUUUGUUAUUGUGAUUAAUAUGUGAAAGUAAGGUAAAUUCUAGUCUUAGAAUAUAAGAAUAUAUUUCUGUGAAAGCCAUGUUUUCUCAUCAAGACCUAACUAGGAAACAUAGGAGUCACACUUGAUCAUUCGUAGUAAUUUUGAAAGUCUUCGAUAAUCUUUUUCUUAAAGCCCACUUUUUAAAUGUUGUCUGGUAAGUUAUUUAUUCUUGUUACAGUAGUUUAGUUAUUUUUUGUAUAACUAUAGUUCUUCCCAAAUAGUUAGAAAUAAAACAAGCAUUAUUUGUGAUUAAAAUGUAUGUUCAUUUAAUAAUUUUGUUAUAUAAAAUACUGAGUACCUGUUAAAAGCUGUUUGACUUUCAGUUUUAAAAGAGCUCUCUAGUUUGGUGAGUCUGCAAAGAUUCCGGUCUCUGCGGCCUGUCAGCCAAAUAAUUUUUGCAGCGUUUUUUUCUUUGCUUCUUAUAAACACUUAAAAAUCGUACUUGCAUUUACUUAAGGACAGCCAUUAAGUUAGAAAGCACUGAAGUUACUAUGAAAUUGCUCUUUGUUUUUUCAUACAUUAGGGAGGAAUGAUAGAUUUUGUGUAUCCCCUGUGAGUUGUUAAAACAGAAAUACUUAGGGCUGCUAUUCUGGAGCUGUAUGCUUACCUUAUUUCAGAUGAAAUGAUUUUGUCGGACUAUGUAGUUUAAAGUAAGUUUUGUUGCUUUCAUGCUUGGGCAAAGUUAUUUAAUUUUAUUUUUGUGCAGAAUAUCCUGUAACGCACGUCAGCCCUUUGUGGUGUUCCCAGAUUUGGGAUAGGCAUAGAAGACUUUCAGAAUGGCAAGUUAUUGUCUGAUUUACUAGAAAGCACGAUACCUGUAAAAUAGGUCCCUCCUUAAAGAUUAUCAAGAGAAAAAGAAGUUAAAAUGUCAAGGAAGGUGCAACUACUGUAAAAACUUUUUCUUUUCUUCUGUAAACUCCUGGUGUCCCAUAGGAAGCUUUGGAGCUUAUUCCCAGCUAACAAAAUAAUUUAAAUAUGAACGAUGCCACGAAGGUGGAAUAUAGUCAGUUGAAGGCCCACUGUUCUUAAGGUGUGUGGUUAGUAAUCUUGGUCUGAAUUAACAAAUUAUAUAGUACCUGAUUCAUUUGCAGAUAGGGUUGAAGAAGGUUGGUUCGUGGGGUUUUAGCACGAGGAGGCUGAUUUAAGUAUUACAAGUCUUUCUUGCUUCUGUUUGUGACUCUCUGGAAAUGCUAUUAGUUUUAUUCUGUUGUGUUCUCAUAGCUAUGGUCAAAGUAAGUAGGUUUAGGAAUGAAACAGACAUUUUCCUCUCUAUAAAAUUAGGGGACUGGACCGUGCUUUUGCUAGGCUCUUUCCAGAGAUGGGAAUCUCCGACCCUGAACUCGGUGUUAGCUCCGCGCUCCACCUUUCUUACUCUGCACUCCACUUCAAUUAUCUGAUUUGCAAGUCAAUGUUGUGGAAAGUUCUCUAUUGUAAUGCAGAAACUCAGCCUCAGGUCCUUGCUGAUAGCAACAACCCAAAAGCACUCUUCAACCACCUCGGAAAGAUAAAUCUUUUUAAAAGAUGGCAAACUGCUUUCACGUUCGUCCCAGAUGAAAGUUUUGAGCUGCAUCUGGCCGAGCAGGGUAAUCCAAUCUAUUUUAAUGCAAAGAUUUUCCAAGAAGGCAGGAAACCGUCAAGGGGAAGGCUUUCAGGCAUCUGCUGUUUCGUUUCCAGAUCCCUUGUGUUAAUUUAAUGUUUCUAGGGAACCAGGCUCUUGCUUUUUCUCGGAAUCCCUCCUCUAGGAACUGGCGAGUGCGGUGGCGCUGUGCGAGCGGUAGAUCAUCCAGAGGGCUGGUCCGGGCGCGCGGCGCGUCCCCGCAGCCCAGGGUGCAGCCGGUGGACCCGCCGCCUCCCGCCUGCCCUGUCCGCGGCACAGAGCGGCGCCCGGGGACUGCAUGCUCGAAAGGGCAGUUUGUUGCAUGUGCCCAUUUGGCCCGAGGGAAAGGUGAUCGGAUGGCUGGGAUCCCCUCACACAUCCUCAACAGCUCCCCAUCAGACCAGCAGAUUAACCAGCUGGCCCAGAGGCUGGGCCCGGAGUGGGAGCCCGUGGUGCUGUCGCUGGGGCUGUCCCAGACGGACAUCUACCGCUGUAAGGCCAACCACCCCCACAACGUGCAGUCGCAGGUGGUGGAGGCCUUCGUCCGCUGGCGGCAGCGCUUCGGCAAGCAGGCCACCUUCCUGAGCUUGCACAGGGGCCUGGAGGCCGUGGAGGUGGACCCCUCGGUGCUCCAGCACAUGCUGGAGUGACGCCCCCUGUCAGCACUGGGGGAGGGUCCCCAAGGCCCUUGUGCCAGAUCCUGACUCACUCAGAGCAGGUGACUGUUUUGUUUUGUUUUUGUUUUUUCUUUUCACUGAUCUUUAGAUGGAAAGAGAAAACAAUUUCUACUCGACUUUACUUAAAAGGCCAAAGUACCCAGCAGAUCUCCUACAUUGGUUCAACAAUUCAUUGUUUUUAAUUGCUUGAAGAUUGUGUUUUAAUUGUAGUUUUUAACUGUGCCGUUGCCUUUUAAUAGACCAGUAAAUCAUAGUGAUUAAAAAAAAAUACCAUGUUAUCACAUUACAUGCAGGUGUCCCAUAUAUAAAACACCACCUUCAUGUUGCCUGGAAACUCAACUGAUGAUGAUGAUAAUAAACCAUGAAUUACUGUAUAUAUACUGUGCUCCUUUCAUGAGAAAGUGUUGUGGGUUUUUUUUCUCAUUCUUACAUUGCAUAGAUUAAAGAUGUAAAAUUACAGUAUCAUUUCUUUGGA